UUUGUUAAUUAUAAAUUUAGCUUUUGUCUCGAGUGGAGAUGCCCAUGUGGAACCUGUUUAGUCAACUAAAGCAUGCCAUUUUAGUUUUGUUAUAAUGAUACCUGCUAAAAUUGCAUCUGAUCUUAUGUUGGUUUGAUAGAGAUCCAGAGAUAGGCAUGGAGAAUAGUGGUGUGCCUGUAAUCACUCUGAGUUCCGGCAAGGGGGUGCCAGUUUUAGGACUGGGAACAGCUGAAAACCUUACUAAAGGGUCUGAAAGAGAGAAGCUGGCGAUUUUGAAGGCCAUAGAGCUGGGUUACAGACACUUUGAUACAGCUUUCAUAUACCAAACUGAAGAGUCUGUUGGUGAAGCUAUAGCUGAAGCACUUCAACUUGGUUUUAUCAAAUCUCGAGAUGAACUCUUCAUCACUUCCAAGCUCUGGGGUUCUGAUGCUCACCCUGAUCGCGUCCUCCUGGCUCUUCAGAAUUCUCUAAGGAAUCUGAAAUUGCAGUAUCUGGAUCUGUAUCUGAUACACUAUCCAGUAAGCUUGAAGCCAGGGACGACUGUGAAAGAUUUGGGGAAUAAGGACAACUUCCUUCCAAUGGACUACAAGUCUGUAUGGGCAGCUAUGGAAGAGUGUCAGAAGCUUGGCCUCACCAAGUCAAUAGGUGUCAGCAACUUCUCCUCCAAAAAGAUUCAAGAGCUAAUGAGCACAGCCAGCAUCCCUCCUGCCGUAAAUCAAGUAGAGAUGAACCCCACAUGGCAACAAAAGAAACUGAGAGAAUAUUGUCAGGCCAACAACAUCUUGGUUACUGCAUACUCUACUUUGGGAGCUAAAGGAACCGGAUGGGGAUCCAAUGCGGUUAUGGGAUCUGAGGUGCUGAACCAGAUUGCCCUGGCCAGAGGAAAAUCUAUUGCUCAGAUUAGUCUAAGAUGGGUUUAUGAGCAAGGUGUGAGUCUCGUGGUGAAAAGUUUCAAUGAAGAGAGGAUGAGGGAGAACCUGAAAAUAUUUGAUUGGGAGCUAACCGCCGAAGACUUGAAAAAGAUAGAUGAGCUUCCACAGAGCAGAGUUGCAACCGCUGCAUUUGUUGUAUCAGAGACUGGACCCUUCAAGUCUUUAGAAGAAUUUUGGGAUGACGAGUCCUGAAAAGUUAUCAGUCAUUUGUAGUGAUAAGAAAUAAGAGUAGCUUCCCUGGCAAUGUGCCCAACCUGUGUUUAUAGAUCCCGGUGACCAGCUAUACUUGGAGUAUAAUGAACUUUUUAAAUUGUCUCUUCACACAGUCAACCAACAAGCAUGUAGUCAGAUUUUAUACAUACCCAGAUAUUGGAAUACAUCUCUAGCAUAAUAUUGUAUGUAAGCUCACCUGACCUGGCAGAUCAUCUGCUUUAAAGAAGUACUAAAAUGUGGCAAGCAACUUCGCUCUUAGCUGAUCAAGUCGUCA